AUGCAAAGACUAUGGAACCGUGGUUGUAAUUGGGGUGACCCAAUUCCAACGGCUUUAAUGAAAGAAUGGGAAGCUUUUUAUCGAGAUCUUCCUCUUAUCGAGCUACUCCGAAUACCCAGAUGGACUCAUAUAAGUCCGACCAACAUGGCGAUCGAGCUGCACGGAUUUUGUGACGCUUCAAUGAAGGCAUACGGGGCAGCAGUUUACGAACGCGUUCUUGAUAGCAAUGGCAACAUCCACGUCAAUCUCAUUUUGUCAAAAACAAGAGUGGCACCAAGCAAGAGAACAAUUACUUUGCCACGGCUUGAACGGCACCACACCGUGGUUUUGGCGCAACUAUUGCAGUACAUUAAGGAAGUUUUGGCGAUUCCAAAUGUCAAAAUGUACUCUUGGACGGACUCCACAAUAGCUCUAGCGUGGAUACGAGCAACUCCUGCUAAAUGGACCACAUUCGUGUCCAAUCGAGUAUCCGAAAUCCAGCCUUUAGUAGGGAUCGAUUGCUGGGGACAUGUUGGUACGCUUCAUAACCCAGCCGAUCUGGCGUCCAGGGGUGUACUUCCAUCAGAACUUCAGUCGCUUCAAACUUGGUGGAAUGGUCCAGAAUUUCUGCAUCGCAAAUGGGAUUUCGAUUCUCCAGAUCAGCCCGUUGAAACCGACACUGAAGAAGAAAAACGCACGGUCAAGGUACUAACUGUACAUGUUUUGGAAAGCGACAAUAUCCUUCAGGCUAUUUUUAAUUCAUCAAAUCUCCUAAGAGCAACCAGAGUCAUCGCUACGUGUGUCCGCUUCAUCAUUAAGUGUCGUCCUAAACUGUAUGGAAUCAUCACCGGCUCAUUUUAUCCAUGGGAGUUAGAAUUAGCUCGUCUUCUCAUGGUCAAAGCUGCCCAAAGUGAAAUGUUUGAGACAGAGUUAAGCUACUUUAAGGCAAAUUCUAAAAUGCCUAAAAGUCUGAGUUCAUUAAACGCAUUUAUUGAUAUAGAUGGGAUCUUGAGAGUUGGGGGUCGUUUAGAGAACUCCCUUUUAUCUUACGAUGCUCAACACCCCAUACUACUACGAAACAACCACCACUUCACGACUUUGGUUGUCAGAGAAGCUCAUAAAAAUACGCUUCAUGGCGGUAUCCAACAAAUGAUAAGCUAUAUCAGACAACGAUAUUGGAUUGGGCAAAUUAGAAGAAGCGUCAAGUAUCAAUUAUUCAGGUGUACUUCUUGUUUCCGGCAAAAGGCAUCUGAAAUGCAGCAAUUAAUGGGUAAUUUACCAGCUGCUAGGGUGCGUAUGGCUAGGCCUUUCAGCCAUACCGGGGUCGACUAUGCAGGUCCCAUUGACAUUAGAUCAUGGAAGGCACGUGGUGCGAAAAUCCUAAAAGGAUAUUUCGCGGUAUUUAUUUGUUUGGCAACAAAGGCCAUUCAUUUGGAAGUUGUAUCCGAUUUGACAACCCAAGCAUUUUUGGCCGCAUUCCGCAGAUUCACUGCAAGAAGAGGAAGCUGCCAGCAUGUCUACAGUGACUGUGGAACGAAUUUCGUUGGAGCUAACAACGAACUAGCGAAGAUGUUAAAUGAAGCAAAACACGACUUUAAAGAAAUCGCGACAACCCUAGCUAACUAUGGUACAAAUUGGCACUUUAUUCCCCCGGCUUCUCCCCACUUUGGUGGAUUAUGGGAAGCGGGUGUGAAAUCCGUCAAGUACCACUUGAAACGCGUUGUAGGAAUGGAGAGGCUAACCUUUGAGGAGCUCGCUACGCUUCUAGCGCAAAUAGAAGCGUGUUUGAAUUCGAGACCCCUAUGCCCACUAUCCGACAGCAUAGACGAUUUGAAUGCGCUCACACCUGCGCACUUUCUAGUCGGCGAAUCGCUACAUGCCGUGCCUCAAGGCGAAACCAACACUUACAUCUCACAUUUGGACCGUUGGAGACGCGUUCAAUUAAUGUCCGAAAUGUUUUGGCAAAAAUGGAAUUCAGAAUACCUGUCCCGACUUCAGCAACAUCCGAAAUGGACCAAAAUAAAAGAAUUGCCGAAGAUUGGCGAUUUACGCUUCAUGGCGGUAUCCAACAAAUGA